AUUUCGGCUAAAUAAAAAAAUAAACAAUCAGGCGACCAAAAAAAAAAUAAAAAAAAUAAACAAUCCAGAGUUCCUUCCUACACACAAACUCAGGGGUUAAAGAAUAUAAGAAAUACAGGGAGAGAAGAACAAGAGAGAUACAAUGUUGUUCGUUUAUUACGAAAAUUCCGGAACUCAAAGUGCGUGAUCAAAUUCACUCUUUCCGCGAUUGCUUUCUCUACAAAUGCUUCGCUACAUACCGAAAAGUCGAUCUCGUGAUUAAACUUCUCGAUUCGAUUCUACAGAGCUAGAGCUGCAAAUCCUGCAAUUCAGGAGCUAGUUUCCAACUGAAAUGUUUUAAAUUUUGAUCUGAAUUUGUGUAUAAACUGUAUAUACUGAACUGGGGAUCUGAAGGUGGAGGUGAAAUCUGAUGAGAGUCGCUCGGAUGGAGAGAAAAGUAGACGAAUUUCUAAGAGAUAAUGAAGGUUUACACAUCGGCGACGAGGAUUAAGAAAGUUAUCUCGAUUUCGAGUUCUGAUAGGAGACGGAGAAGUUGUUGCCGACGGGAUGAAGGGGAAAGGAUCGCCGCUUAUCAGUCGGCGGAUACAUAACAGAACGGUGACGUUUUCGGCAGUUUUAACGCUUGGUUUACUAUUCUUCCUGUUCUUACUCAGAAUCGCUUUACUCGUCCACGAAUCCACUAUUAUUUGCACAUCUCUUGGUAACUUUCUUUUUCCCCCUUUUUAUUAUCAAUUUCAAUUUUCAAAGCUUCAUACUUUCAUUUAUUUACUACCCUCGCCGUCACAUUUCACAUUUACAAUUUUUUUUUACAGAAAUUGAGAAGAUAAAUUGGGCACUCUAUAAUACGGAGUGUCGGAGUACUCUUUAAAUUAAGGAGUAGUAUUUUUAAAUGUGAGGUUCUUCCGGGGCAAAUUUUUUGAUGAAAUUUUGCGAGCAUGUUUUUCGUGAAAUGUAAAUUAUGCCUACCAAAUUUCAGAUUAAAAUUCGAUUGAAAAACCGGUUAAAUAUUUUUUUCAAAAUUGCGCAGGCCGGUUUUAUAUAUAUAUAAAAUGCAGUUUUUUCAAUAAUUUAUUUAAGUGACUUUCCGAAUGAAUUUUGUUGUGAAACUUAGUGGAGAACAUGUUCACAAAAUUUUAUAAAAAAAUUCUACUCGGAAGCAUCUCAAAUUAAAGAGUCUAAGAAUUACAAUUCUUAGACCUACCUUAUUGAAGGUUGUCCACUUAUAUAAUUUGAGAAGAUUAAUAUAAGAGUUCUAGAAAAUAAAUCAAAGAAGGAUUACUCUUGCUCAAUUAGUUUGCUAGCAUUAGUAACAAUAACAAACAAAUAGAGAUGAUAGUUGCAUAUUUUAUUGAGUAUUUUCAAAUUAGAGCAGUUACAGUGUUAGUUCCUCUAGAAAAAUUAUUCCUGAAAACAUUUUCCUGAAUAAUUCUGCAGGAUGUCUUGGAUGGACAUUGUCCGGUGGGAGUGAUUCGGCUCUGCUCAGAGAGGAGCUGACUAGAGCACUACUGGAGGUCACAAGCAUUGAUGGUUAUGUGAAAGGAAUUAGAGGGGAAGAUGGCUCAACUUCAGUGACAGCCUCAUUCAAUGACCUUGUUAAAGAGAUGUCACCAAAUAGACAAGAAAACAUCAAGACUUUUGCUAUCAAGGCCAAAGCUACGAUAUUGAAGAUGGAGCAGAUUGCUCAAUCAAUUAAGAAACAGGAGUCUUUUUAUUGGCACAUGGCUUCUCAUGGUGUACCCAAGUGGAUGCAAUGCCUUUCUCUAAAGCUGGCUGCACAAUAUUCCAUGAAUGCUACGGCACGAUCUCGGUUACCGUCACCUGAAUAUUUUCCGCACCUUAUUGAUGCUUCUUUGCAACACCUGGUUCUGUUCACAGACAAUGUUUUGGCUGCCUCUGUUGUAAUCUCAUCUGUCAUCAAAAGCGCAAUGUCCCCGGAGAGGAUGGUCUUUCAUGUAGUGACUGAUAAGAAAACCUACACGGCCAUGCAUGCAUGGUUUGCAAUGAAUCCAAUCAGCUCAGCUGUUGUGGAAGUCAAAGGCUUGCACCAAUAUGAUAUUCCUCACCGCGUCAGUAUUGGGAUUAAGCAAAUGCUAGAGAUCCAUCGCCUGGUUUGGGGUCACAAGUUUGAUGGAAUAAAAAGAACAGUUGACCCAUUUUCCGUUCUGAAUCACCUUCACAUAUAUAUCCCUCAGCUUUUUCCAGAUCUGAACAAGAUUGUGUUUUUGGAUGAUGACAUUGUUGUGCAACAUGACCUUUCUCCUCUAUGGGACGUAGAUCUCAAUGGAAAAGUUGUUGGUGCUGUAUUUGACUCGUCCUGUGGAUAUGGGUGUUGCCCCGGAAGAAAAUACAAGGACUAUCUCAAUUUUACUCACCCAAUCGUAUCAUCAUCCAAAUUAGACGAGAAUAGUUGUGUGUGGCUUUAUGGAAUGAACAUCUUUGACCUCCAAGCAUGGAGGAAGGCUAACAUUAUUGCAACUUAUCAUCAAUGGCUUCAUUAUAACCUCAACUCUGGUUUUGAAUUAUGGCGUCCGGGAGCACUUGCACCCACUUUAAUAGCAUUUGAAGGUAAUGUUCAACCAAUAGAUCCUUCAUGGCAUGUUGCUGGAUUGGGUAAUCGGGUCCAACAAGUUGAUGAAUCAGACUUGGAAGCUGCAAAUGUAAUACAUUUCAGUGGACCAGCAAAGCCGUGGCUUGAGAUUGCAGCCCCGGAGUUACGAAGCUUGUGGAGCCAAUAUGUAAAUUUCUCAAAUGAGUUUGUCAAGGAAUGUGGGAUUGUGGGGUGAAGACGAAGGUGAUUUAAGUGUCUCUCCUCACUCUGGUCUGAGGCAGGGGGAAGAAGGUAUUGCCAUCAGUCUCUGCUCAUGCUAUUCAGAUUGCUGUGUUGAUAAUAAUACAUAUAGACAAUACUGAUACAUUCUGUAUAGGGAUCUCACCUUCACAACAUAUUGUGUGGAGAUGCAGAUAUGUAUUACUUCUUUAUUAUUUGCUGUAGCUACAUCUCAUUGUGAAGUAUUCCAUAAAUAGCAUUCCAUCCAUGUAUUAUAGCUUUGGUCCCUCUUCAACCAAAGAAACAUAUUUUGUUCUAAAUAAAGCCUGCAUAUUGGUGGAAGGCAUUCCUGUCCUGCAGUUUGUGUAAUUUUUCCUGAUAUUUUGUUUGUCC